AUGUCUAAUUUUGUCACUUUGACCCCAAUCCUUCGCGUAGCUGGUCAUUUUAACCGGACACCACUACUCAUCACUUGUCGUCUCGCUCACUCACCCUCUAGUCCUCCCUUCAGUCCCGUUCAGACCAUAUCCGAACAUUCAGAUUUACAAUACGAAGAAUUUUUCCGUUACUCGAGCGGAAGAUGGCUGUGGGACGAGGAUAUCCAGCUCCGCAAUCGAUACAAACGGUUUAAUGUGUCCGAACUCAAGGCUGCUGCUACCAGAAGCGUCGGUGCGAAGGCCUGCGUAUCUAUGACGAAAAUCGCAGAGGGCGGAUUCAACAAGGUCUUCCGACUUGUGAUGGAUAAUAAUUCAACAGUGAUUGCACGUAUACCAUAUCCUAACGUAGGACGUUCCUGCAAGACCACUGCGUCGGAAGUUGCGACCAUGGACUUUGCUCGGACUAUCCUUGGGAUUCCUGUCCCAGAAGUCUUAGCUUGGAGUGGAAAAGCAGAGAACCCUGUGGGAUCGGAAUAUAUUCUUAUGGAGGAAGCGACUGGGAGGCAACUUGGCGAGAUUUGGGAUGAUCUGAAGCUUGCUGAUAAGUUGAAGAUUGUGGAGGACAUCGUUGCUAUUGAAAAGAAGUUCCUAUCUCUAUCGUUUACACGUUAUGGAAGCCUCUACUUCGUAAACGAUGCGUUUCCGGGUUGCGAAAAGGCUGAAAUUGCGAGUGAUGCACCACAGUCACAGAGGGAGGAAAUCGAGAGCCAGUUUGUGAUAGGACCAGUGCCCAAUAACGACUUCUGGGACAAAGGACGGGCAUCUUUGGAAAUUGAUCGCGGCCCUUGGAAGUGCCCCGAAGAUUAUCUCAAGGCAAUAGCUCGGCGAGAGAUUGCUUGGAUUAGUCGUUAUGCGACUGCAAUGACCCCAAAGCCACGAUAUGACAUGUUUAUGGUAGCAGAGUGCUACUCGCAAAACUCCGCUGAUGCCCAUAUCGAGCUUUACAACAAGUUCCUGGAUGUUUCCGACUAUCUUUUGCCGAAUAAUAAAGAGCUGAACAGGUCUACUAUUUGGCACUGGGAUAUCCAUGCUCCGAACUUGUUUGUUGAGGGGAACAAGGUUACUGGACUUAUAGACUGGCAGGAUAACUGGGCUGGCCCUCUCUUCCUCCAAGCUCGACGUCCGAAAUUAGUAGCCUACAAUGGAGAUAUCAUGCUGGAAUUGCCAGAGUACUACAAGGAUAUUGAGGAUGAAGACGAGAGAGCUCGGAUUCGAGCUCAAGUGGAAAAAUCUAUUGUACUCUGGGCAUAUGAAUCCAACACAAAGAGGACAAAUUCAGUCCUCCACGAGAUCUUUGACUUGCCUCACGGGCGUACAAGGAAAGAGACAGUAGUAUUUUCUACAAACACAUGGGAUGACGAUAUCAUACCCUUCAGGCAGUGCCUCAUCCGUGUUGCGCGCCAUUGGGAUGAGAUGAACAAUGAGGUUGCUUGUCCGAUCAACUUCACAGACGAGGAACUGAAAAUACACUAUCGAGAGGGCGAAGGUUGGAAUGAGCAAGCGGACUUCUGGGACGCACUGCGAGGGUUUGUGGAGCGCGAUGGUUGGACUUCGAAUGAGGAUUACGAACGUGCACUUGAAACCUUCGCUGAACUUAGAGAGCUUGGAUUACGGGAUCUAACAGGAGAUGAGCGAUUGCAUUUUGAAAAGCAAACGCGCUGGGCUGCGAGAAAUGCCUCAGAAUAG